UGGUGUCUCCUGCAAUAAAUGGAACCCGCGAUUGUAUCGACUGUCAACGGUGGAGAGACAUGCGCCAUGGAGACGGAGGGCAUUCUGAAGGGUUUUGCAGAUGGCAGCAAGGAAGGGAAUUCGGCUGGAGGGAACACCGCAGACUGUGCAGAGGUGCUUACGACAAUAUAUGCACAGACUGCAGAGAUGAUGGUUGAUGGUGAUGAAAUAGAGAAUGAUGCAGGAGGGAGUACUUGUGAGACGGAAAAGGUUGGGGAAGAGAUAGAGGAGGGAGGUCUGGGAAGCAGGGAAUCUCUGACAGGGUGUACUGUGAAAGAUGAAAAUGUGGUGAAGAUAUCAACAGGAGAAGAGUACCCAUAUGACAUCAAUUGGGUGUCGGGUCAUGUCCAACCGGUCGGUGUGGAUAUGAGAUCCACGAUCAUGGCAAACGGCGAGGGUUGUGUCAAAGCACGAACACUCUUGCAACGCUUCAAAGAGUCACCACAUGUAUGUGUGGACAGCGAUAUGAAAGACAGUGCAUACAAUCUAAAAGGAGUGGUCCAGUGGAUGUGCAGCGAAUGGAUGUGCGAAGAAGGAGACGUGGACAUGACAAUGCAGCAGAAAGGGGGGACAUAUAGACCUGCGGAUUUCAAGAAGUUACAAGGCGCUGUGGCAAAGAAUUGGGAAAUGUUUGUUGAUGGGUCGAACGACGAGUUGAAGAGUGGUGCUGCACAAAUCUUGAUGUUGUCUAGAAUGAAGGACAUUACACAAACACCGCCAGAAGACUUUCGAGAUGUUCCUGUCAUUGUUGGAGAUGGUGUGGAAUAUGUUCUGCUGGAUCAACUUGUGGACUUCAUGAAGAAGAGUGUCGACGACAGGAACGUCAUCCAUGAGGCGUUGCACGAAACAGCAACGAAAGAGGAGUUAGUGUAUUCCGAUAUCUUCAAUGCUUUCACAAUGGAGAAAGAACAGUGUGAUCGUGGAUUUGAUGAGGCCGAUUUGUCAAGUUGUUUUGCAGAGUACACAGACAAUGCAGAAGAAGAAGAUGAAGAAGAGGAUGAGGGGGUAUCAUCUUCUGACGUGGAAAAAAUAGACAGCGGUCCACGGGUGUGCGACUGUGGCAAGCCUUUCAUGUCAUUACGAACUUUGAACUCACAUCGUGCGAGGGCAUGCCCGGUCGUGGUGGACGAAAGAACACAUGGGCAGGAGAUGGGUGUGGUUGAUGACGCCGGACCAUCAAGUAUAGGUGCAGUGAAUCUCGUGAGCGAUGAGAGCGAGGACGUCGGGGCUCCCGAGAAUGUAGACGGGGAGGGCGGGACAUUCGAAGAGCAACAAUUGCAGCCUGUCGAGUCUUUUGACAGCUCUCGCAAGCUGGUGGCACUGAUUUUCUCUGCUAGGGGCGGCGUCGCGACUCCUGCCCCACGGAACCGUGCCAGCGGUGUCGAGAACCGUCCACCCAAGACCCCCGAGAAAAGGUCGCGGAAAGACGGAAUGUCAAAGGUGCACCUCACGACAAAGAAGAGAAUCACGUACAAAAAGAACAGAAUGGUGGAGAUGAUCGAUCUGAGAGGCUCGGACGAUAUGCACAGCGAGGCCCUAGAGGAAGCAGAAGAGGAACACGACUAGUCCAUAUCAGAAAAGUCUGACGAGGAGGAGAAUGAAGCAACAAGUGAUGA